ACCCAAUAAAAUCUCUCAAUUCUGCUUUGUCAUCUCAACCGGGAAGUAGGCAGGACAGAGAAAUAAGCACCACCGAGCAGGGCUGCCGUCGCUGUGAAGUUGCAUAAAGGCUGUGGCGUCUUGUCUUGGGUUCACAGGUUUUAACUGCCAGGUUAUCGUCUCCUUAACGGACCUGUUUAGCGACCGCAACUGACCAGGAGUGAAAGAGAGGUGUCCUCAGCCACAAGAACAAGGAACCCUGCAACAGAUGAGAAAAUGAGCAUCCCUCUCUCUCGCUCUGAGGUGUUUGGGGAGCUGAGGAAGGAGCUCUAUGAUGAUGAAGAGUUUCAUCAGUCCGAUGUUCAUGUCUUCAUCAUCAUGGGCGCAUCGGGGGAUCUGGCUAAGAAAAAAAUCUACCCAACCUUAUGGUGGUUGUUCAGAGAUGGCCUACUACCUGAGCAGACGUACUUUGUGGGCUUUGCUCGCUCUGCCCUGACAGUUGAUGCCAUCCGGACUGCUUGCAUGCCAUACCUGAAGGUGGCAGACACAGAAGUAGACCGGUUGUCGGCCUUCUUCGGCAGGAACACGUACGUCAGUGGGAAAUACGUAGAUGGGGAUUCUUUCUUCAAACUCAACACACACAUCGAGUCUCUUCCAGGAGGCCCUGGGGCUAACAGGCUCUUCUACUUGGCCCUGCCACCCACCGUCUACCACGAUGUUACCAAGAACAUUAAGCACCACUGCAUGAGCACAAAGUCAGUACACAUUCCUGUCUCUGACGUCGAUGUGCCACACAGCUUGUUUAAUUUUUUUUUUCUUGUGCUACCUGCUGUAUCUGACUGUAAAUCCAUUACAUGUAAGUGGAGAGUUUGAUGCAGUGGAUUCUUUGCAUUCAUCUGAUAUGAGUGGAAUGUCACCUAAAAGUCUGACGUGUUUAUCUGUGGUGUAGGAAUUUGUAAAUUAACUCCAGAAUCUCACACUGAGAAAUGAAGUGCGAGACAUCAUGGCAAACCUCCAUUGCAAUUUUGG